CAAAAGUAGAAAGACAAACAAAAGACAACAAGUAGGGUCAAUUUUUUUCUUCUUCCAAAUUCAUGUUGGGAACAUUAUUCCCCCUCUUUAAUUCUUGACAAUUUUGAUCAACCUACAAUUCAUUUUGCUCAUUUCUACUCAAAAAGUAUAUAUAAUCUUCUUGUUUUUUGAAUAUGGUGAGCCUACAUGGAUUGCAUGAAGAAAGAUUGGUAGCUGUGGCCAUUGAUAAAAAUAAAGGAAGCCAAUAUGCACUUAGAUGGGCUACUGAAAAUGUACUUACAAAAGGCCAAAAGGUUACAUUACUUCAUGUUCCUCAAACUCAAACUACAUCAGCACCACAAUCUCCAACAUAUAAUAACAAUGGAGGCAAUGAUCCAUCAACUGGACAAGAUUCAAAUAGCCAAUGUACAGAUUUGUUCCUUCCUUUUCGCGUCUUUUGUUCUUUCAAAGAAAUAGCUUAUGAUCUAAUCAUACUUGAAGGUCAAGACAUUGCAAAGUCUCUCAUCGACUAUGUUUCACUUUAUAGAGUUCAAAAUUUGAUAAUUGGUUGUCCAUCAAAGAAUGGAAUUUCAAGACUUUUCACUAAAAGUGAUGUUGCAAAUACUGUAAUGAAGAAGGCACCAAGCUUUUGCAAUAUUUACAUAGUUUCCAAAGGGAAAAUCAGUUCUACAAGAAUGGCUUCUCAUCCGUUGAAACGAAAAUCCUCGAAUCCUAGCAUACGUAUCCCACCACAACGCAAUUCCAACUUUGAUGCAACGAAUUUAAUGUCUCCGUUUCCGAGGGUGAGUAUAUCAACCAACAAGACAUCAGAUGAGGUUUAUGUGGCAAAAGCUGAUAAUUCAUUUUCAGGUUCUGAUAGAAUGAGCACAGAUAGUAGUACUUUGUUCCUGGAUUGCUAUGAUAAUUUAGGAAGUGAAGUUCAUUCUCAUCGUCCCUCAGUAUCUAUGAAUUUUAUCGACAGCAAACACGUUGGAGAGCCUACGAGGCUGUCUGGUUUUGGUCCUACAAGGUUGGUUGAUCAUAUGCAUUCCGCAAAUGAGUUUCUACUAUCUGAACAGAACUGUGAAGAAAAUUCAUCGUCCGCCGAUAAAAUUAAAGAAAUGGAAGAAAAGCUGAGAAGACUAGAGUUGCAAACAAUUCAAACUAUGGAAAUGUACCAUGCAGCCUGCAAAGAGGCACUAAGAGAGAAGCAAAAGUUGAGGGAACUUGAAAAUUUGAGGAAGGAAGAUGUGAAGAAACUAGAAGAAGCAAGACGAGAAAAGGAAGAGGCAUUGGAUCAUGUUGCGAAGGAGAAAGCAUUAAGGAUUGCAUCAAAGGAAGAGGCGAAAGCCGCUAAAAGAAAGGCUGAAAAAGAGGCAGAAAAGAGAAAGCGUUUUGAAAGAAAAGCGCUUAAAGAAUCUGAGGCCAAGAAGUCUACUAUAAAGUCCUUAGUUUACUCCCAAAAGGCUAUAAAGUAUCAAAGUUUACUUAGGAUACUUGUGGUUUUGAUAAUUUUCUACCUUUAUUUCUUUGAGUUGUGAUGAUCAUUGAGUCAUGAGUAGAGAAGAAAAUGUGAGGGAUAUGAGGAGGAAGUUCUUCCGGCAAUCUCAGGCAUAUUACUAAUCGAUUAUUUGGCCUGGUCAUUGAUAUUUUCAUCAAUGAUUAAUCGGGAUCCUGAUGCAUAUAGAUACAAAUGGUUCAAUGGAAACAAAAUAAUCAUGUUGGGGUUUGUUGUUGUUGUAUAUAUGUCGAAUCCUUGAUUCUGAAAGAUGGAGAAACUCAAUCCUCUAUUAAUGGAGUAAAUUGAGCUCAAGGAUGGAGACAAUUAUAAGAUCUACAAAAGGAGAGAGAAGAAAUUCUUGGAUCAUUGCAAAAUGAAUUUGGGGGAAAUGAAAGCUUAUCGCAUUCUGAGUUUGAUACACACAUAUCAUGCAUUAUUAAAAAGGUAUAAUAUAUAAAUAUAUGUCUUUUAACUUUGCCUCAUCUUAUGGUUAUGUCUUCCAACGUUGAGUAUACACAAGUAGACACUUAAACUUAUAUAAAAUUAAACAUAUAGACACACGUCCUAUGUGACAUCCUACAUACCAAUUUGCGUCCUACGUGGUGUCCUAUGUGUAUUGUGUCACAUAGGACUAAUGUGUAAACUUAUUCAACUUUAUACAAGUUUAAAUGUCUAUUUGUGCACACCCAAAGUUGAAGGAUAUAAAUGUGAAAUGAGACUGAGUUAAAGGGCAUAUAUAUGUAUUUGACACACACAAAAUUCUCAUCACUAAGGCAUAUAAAUUGAAGGCAUAAACAUAUAUUGGA